CAGCAAUUAAGCAAUCGUCAACAUGAGUGCAGAACACGGAGAAGCUGAAUUAACGCAAUUAUAUGAAAACGUUAGGCGGAACAGUGACGCUUCGUUUCGGGAGUAUGUGCUGCGUGAGUUGUUAAUUUUCUUCAAGGAAUCCGCCUACUUGAACGAAGAAACCGCCGAUCUCGAUUUGGAUAAGGACGUUUUCGCCAAUGAUGUAAACAACUGGACAAGCGAAGCAGAUAACCGCAGUGUGGACGAUAUUUUGCAAGAGGCCGAGUUGUUGAUACACCAGCAACCAUUGUUUGCAAAAGGCGGUGAAAAUGUCGACAGCAAGUCCCAAACAGUGCUAGAAGUUUCGUGUGACGAGCUUUGGAGCGGUCUGCUCGAAGGUUUGGACAUCACCGAACAGAAGGAUGUGGCGUGCGUGGACCGGAUUGAUAUCCAGCAAACAUGCGUCAAUCGCAUGCAAAAUAACACAUAUAGAACGAUCUGCUCAACAAAUAACGAAUUCAGCAACGUCGAACUCGAAAAUCAAAGCACUGUCCUCGACGUACGGCCAACAAUUAGGAUGCUGACUUCAACAAUCAAUGCUACUAAUCGGGACUGCUUAGGAGCCGAGUCGAUGAAUGGCGAUACGGGAAUCUCCUGACCACCAAUGCACGCCCAAAAUCAGACCACAAACCUUCCACGGACUUGUGACAAAGGGACGCAACCAUCCCCGGUGCACGAAGCAUUGCGGCUGCUGGAAAACGGCACCGAAACGUUUAUCGUCUCGAAGUACCGUAAUCUGGAGAACGAGUUAUUAAAUCUCACCGAGCAAGUGAAAGAUAGUCAGGAGCGAUAUCACAGUCUUAAGAUCCAGUACGAAACGCUUUCUCAAGCUCACCGCACCCUGCGCGACCACUACAGCGCGAAGCAAGAAGAGUACGAUAAAUUGGAAUUCGAUAUCCAGCAUUUAACAAAGUGUGCCGAUGUGCUUAGAUCUGAGCUGAAAUUGGCUCGAAGUGAUCGUAACUUUGCCCUUGAGCUGCAGAAUCUACUACAAGCUGAGCUUGAUGAUGCGCGGAUCGACAAAAAAAGGCUACAGGACUGUAACGAGAAGGGAACAAAAACCAUACAGGAUCUUCAACGACAAUGUCGCGAGAUGGAGCGCAUUUUGAUGCGAAAAAACCCGGAUUCCAUUUACGGUCUUAUAGUCGCCACAAAGCUAACUGACGGCAGGUCGGGUAGUGACGUGUCACGGUGCCUACAGGAAACUCCCGGUUGUUCAAAGAUGCAGCUGGAUACCGAUAUUAAGAAGACGCCACACUACAACACCAAUUCACAUGGCAACCUAUGCGAUGUACAAGCACGCUUCAAUUCGGUGCAAGUCAAGUACGAGACACACAUUCGUGAUUUGGAGAUGCAAGUGCUAAGCUUACAGCAAAUCAACUCCAAGCUAAACGAACGCAUUAUUCAUCAAAUGGAAGAGCUUGCUAGCAUUAGCAGUAGCGCGGCAAACAAUAGUGCGUUAAAAAAUGUCGUCUCUAACGGUACACAAACUGAUUGCCAUAUCCCGCUGAAACUAUCUAAAACGAGACGCUCGGUAAUGGUGCAGACGGAGAAUUUGGUUGUGAAACCCUUAUCUAUUCGCCAGCAACAGACAAGACGGGUGUCAUCACAGAAUAAGGAAGACGCUCAUUUGCUAGCAACCAUUGGCGGUAUGCGGGUGGACUUGGCACUCAAGGAGAAAGCUAUGCAGCGAUUAACACGUGAGGUAGAGGAGUGUAAGAAGACGAUAAAAAAAUUACAGAAAAAGAAAGAAGUACUCGUAAUGGUAGACAGUGGUAAGUCACCGGUGAAUGUUCGUAAACCCGUACUGGGUUGUGUGGAAACUAAUGUCGAUGGAAGCUUGCUGCGAGAAGGAGCCCAACCAAAAGCGAAGAGUAUCAAAAUGAACCAUAACGGCCCGCAAAAUCUUAGAAAAUGACAAGAGUACCACGGAAUAGAGUCACGGUAUAGAACCUGCGGCGAAGUUACGAGUGGGUUAACGUUCAUCGAAGUACUGGGGUCGAGAGAAGAAAGACUUCUACCUUUUGACAAUAACUUUUAAUAGG